AUGGCUCCUCCAAACGCUGAAAUUAGAAGAAAAUUGGUUAUCGUUGGUGACGGUGCCUGUGGUAAAACUUGUUUAUUGAUUGUUUUCUCCAAGGGUACUUUCCCAGAAGUUUACGUCCCAACUGUCUUUGAAAGUUAUGUUGCUGACGUCGAAGUCGAUGGUAGAAGAGUCGAAUUGGCUCUUUGGGAUACCGCUGGUCAAGAAGAUUACGAUCGUCUUAGACCAUUGUCUUACCCAGACACCAACGUUGUCUUGAUCUGUUUUGCCGUUGACUUGCCAGAUUCGCUUGAUAACGUUCAAGAAAAGUGGAUUUCCGAAGUCUUGCACUUCUGUCAAGGUGUCCCAAUCAUCUUGGUUGGCUGUAAAUGUGAUUUGAGAAACGAUCCAUCUACCAUUGAAAAAUUGAGACAAAACUCUCAACAACCAGUUUCCUCUGCUGAAGGUCAAAGUGUUGCUGACAAGAUUGGUGCUCAAAAAUACUUGGAAUGUUCUGCCAGAACUGGCCAAGGUGUCAAGGAGGUUUUCGAAAGUGCCACCAGAGCCUCUUUGAUGACCAAGGAUGGUAAGAGUGGUAGCAAGAGCAGUGGUAAGAAGAAGUGUACAAUUUUAUAA